UCCCAGGCUCCAGGCUCCAGGGUCCAGGCUCUGAUGGACGCGCCGGAGUCGGAAGAGUGCCGCAAGAUUAUUGAGAACCUCCAGUCGGCCAUUGAACAAUUCCAGUUCAGCCCCGGCCCCAGACUUAACAUUUCAGAUGAUUUGAAGAUUGGAUUUUUCAGUACAGACCAUGCUACUCAAACAGAUUGUAGUGAAAUUUUGACUCUGAAACAGUUGAGUUCUUCUACUGAAAAGCUAGUACAGACUGUGAAAUCCCUUCAGGUGGAUUUUGGGUUCAUCAAACAGUUGCUUCAGUUGAAGUUUGAGGAUCGACUGAAAGAGGAGUCUUCCAAUCUCUUCACCAUUCUGCAUGACAGGAUCCGAACAGUUGAAAAACAUUACCAACAGAAUGAGGAUAUGUUAAGAAAAUGCUACAAUCAGCAGUUGGCCGAUGCCAUCGCUUUCAUCAAAGGAAUGUACAAGCAAUACUUUGACCUGGAAGAAGAGAAGGCUCUUGCCCAGGACAAAAAUGUGCGCAAGUUGAAUAGUUUGAUGAAAAAAUUGAAGGAGAAAGAUGACGUUAUUAAGGACUUAAGAGAAGAAAUAGAAAUAUAUGAAGAACAUGGAUUUCAAAGACUUCAGGAUUCUUUUGAUCUCAGUACUGCCAAAGGAAAUGUAGAAAAGGUAGCUUCUGACUACAGACUGGAAAAUGAGAAACUGCUUCUAACAAUCUCAGGACUUGAAGACGAAAUCCAACUCAAUUUGAAAGAAAAUUCAGAACUAGAAUAUGAACUUAUACAUCUGAGAGACAGGACAGAAAAGGAUCAAAUAACUAUUCAAAGGCUAAUGGAUGGCAGAGACAGGCUGAUAAGUGAGCUUGAAACUGAAAAAGCAUUAGUUCAAGAAAUGGUUGCUAAGCAGAAAGAGCAGAUGGAAGUGAAAAAGAAGUUUGGCAACCUAGCUAUCAGGGUUUCGAAAAUAGCCAAGACAAAAGAAGUCCCCUCUGCAUCCCCUUGGCCCAUGAUAGCCACAGCAGUUCCAGCCAAGGCUUCAGAUGUUCCAAGGCCAGAAUCUUCCUCCAUUAGUUCAAUGUCUGCUAAGCUCCAAAAAUUGAAGAGCCUAAAGCCAUCUCAAAAAACAGAAGAGAAGCCUGUGGUUCGAGAGGCAAUCCCUGUUACAGUGCACGAACCAAUCAAGAAGACUGAGGACUCACAUGCUUUGAUCCGACAAAUAGAAAUGCUAAAGACCAGUCUGGAGUAUGAAAAAAAGAGAUCAGAAAGGGUUGUGAAGAAUGCAGAACGGAUAAACAAAAACUGGGAAAAGAAAUUCAUGAUUCUCAGGAACAGCUUCCAUGUCCUUAAGAAUGAGAUGUUUACUAGACAUACAUUGUAUCGUCAAUUUGCAAUGCUUGCUGAUACAUCCUUCAAUUAUAUUAAAGUAAAGCCUCUAUAUGUGCAAUCUAAAAUGAACUCAGUAACAGACAGUGAAUCUUCUGGAAGCGAUUAUCGUUUAAGUUCUCUGGACAACAAGUUGGUGAAUAUAGUUGAAGAACCCAUGAUUUUUUCACCAUCAAAAGUGAAACUCUCAAGCCCGGUGGAAGAGCCUGAGCUCAAGCCACUGGUACUACAGAACACCCCAGUGGACGAUGUGGAUGAAGGGAGCCCAAACUGAGCUGCCGCACAGAGCCAAACCACAGACAGAGGGCUUUCACUGGCCUGGCUGAGGCCUUCUCCAGCAAGGCAAACCUCCUCCAAGUCGUUCCCAAUAGAACUGUUAGUCUCUGUCGUGCACUGGGACUCUUUGCUCUCACCCUCAGAACCCAACUUUCCCAAAAGCCCCAGGAAACCCCUCCCUCCCAGGGCGGA